AGCUUUAUAGAUACUUAUCUCAACUUUUACCUACUCACUCUUCAACUUCCGAUUCUAAACUCAUCAACCUUCUCAUCUCUCAAUCCUACCUACCAAUUCAAGUUACACCACUCCUAAAGCUUAUCAACAACUUUCCCUCAUCAGUCUAAUCUCGACACAACAGCUUAAAGAACACCUUUACAACUUACUCUCUAUUCGGAUCUAACGGCUCACAAUGAGCACACCCAAAAGACGGAUCGAGACAGAUGUGAUGAAGAUGCUAAUGUCGGAUUACGAAGUGACAUUGGUGAAUGAUAGCAUGCAGGAAUUCUAUGUUCGAUUCUAUGGACCCAACGAAACUCCAUUUGCUAAUGGUGUGUGGAAGAUUCACGUUGAACUUCCAGAUCAGUAUCCAUACAAAUCACCUUCGAUAGGAUUCAUGAAUAAGAUUUUUCAUCCGAAUAUAGAUGAACUCUCUGGUUCAGUUUGCUUAGAUGUCAUCAAUCAAACAUGGUCUCCAAUGUUCGAUCUGAUAAACAUCUUUGAAGUCUUUUUACCUCAACUUUUGAGGUACCCUAACCCUUCUGAUCCACUGAAUGGAGAAGCAGCAGCAUUACUGAUGCGUGAACCUAAAAACUAUGAUGCUAAAGUCAAAGAAUAUGUUCAACGAUAUGCAACUAAGGAGAAAGCAGAUGAAGCUGGAUCUGAAGAAGAGGAUGAGGAUGAUGAGAUGAGUGAUCUGGGUAGCUUCAGUGAUGGUGACGAUGAACCAGCUGGGGAACUAGAGCUAUGAAAAUUUCUCUCGGAUGUGUCAUGUUUGAUUUCAUCUUCUCUCUUUGUGUUGGGUUUUUCAGUUUAAAUUCAAUACUCAUCUCCUUCUACCUGUAUUGUAACUCACUUUCCUAAACGGUCCACUUGCUGCAAUUUGAAUCUUGUCUUCAUUCUGAUUCUUUUUUUCUGAUUUUUUUGGUUUUUCUUUUGUGCCACUACAUACCAUUUCUUUUUGUCUGCUACUCAUCUUUGAUUUCGUUUUACACAAAUGAGUAGUAGGGUUCUUUGUAGGAAAGGUUGUGGUAGAUUUUAUUUUGUUGACUAUCUAUGGAUUUUCAUCUCAUGCUUUGUAUCGUGUUUUUAAUUGCAAGAUGGUUGUGUAUUUGGACCCAAACAUUUUUUUUGAAGAAAAAGAUGAUUCCUUUUUAAGAUUU